CAUUUCCCCAGUGUUCCCCAGUCGCGAGCGGUCGCCAGCCCGUCCGAACUCUCCGGAGCUGAUCUAUCGACGCGAGGAGCAAAUGUCAUCGGCCCGUCCGAGCUGUGGACUUCUUUAAUCCCAAUCCAGGAUUCCGUUAUGGAGGUGCAGUCGCGGUGCAAAGCAAUCGGUGGUCCAAGUAGCAGUUCAGGCAAAAGCCGUAGUCAAACUCAAAGCCGAGGUCAAAAUGAAAACCAGACACCAAACAGUGGAACGUUACUUUCGAGUUUACGGAGCGUUCUGUUUGUCAUCGGCACCAUUGUUAUUGGAUUUGCUGCAGUCUGCAAUUCCCUCACAUGGCACUUGCAGAGGUUCUGGGGAGCAUCGGGUGACUUUUGGCAGGCUCAAUGGGACAGACUCUUGAAUACAAUCGGUGAUGAUUCUGUCAAACUCUGGGUUUAUGGUUCGACGUGGUGGACCCUAGUCGUCUACUGGGUGAUCGGAGGGAUAUAUACAAUUCUUGACGUGACCAAUCGGCCUGCUGUCCUUCGCCGAUACAAAAUCCAGCCUGGUACCAAUGAGCCAGUGGACACAAAGGAGCUUUGCAAAGUCAUUGGUUGGGUUCUCUUCAAUCAGAUCGUCGUGGGCCUUCCCCUGGGAUACUGUAGCUACUUAUGCAUGGAGUGGCGUGGAUAUCCUCCUGUGAGGGAGCUUCCCACUUUCCAUUGGGUUCUCGCAGAAAUAGCAAUCCACAUCCUCUGCGAGGAGAUCGGAUUCUACUAUUCUCACAGAUUGCUUCACAGCCGAUACCUGUAUAAACGUAUUCACAAACAGCACCACCAGUGGACAGCACCAAUUGCAGUAUCGGCUUUAUACUGCCAUCCUCUGGAGCACAUUGGCUCGAACCUCCUUCCACCCUUUCUGGGUGUCUUCAUCAUGGGGUCUCAUGUAGCAACAGCUUGGUUGUGGUUCUCAUUGGCAAUUCUUUCUACCCUGAAUGCACACUCUGGUUAUCACCUGCCAUUCUUUCCCUCUCCAGAGGCUCACGACUUCCACCAUCUUAAAUUCACUCAGUGCUAUGGAGUGCUCGGUGUCUUGGACCGAAUCCAUGGAACGGACACUCAGUUUCGGAAUUCUCGGGCGUAUUCGCGACACGUUAUGAUGUUGAGCCUCGUUCCCCCCAGAGAGGCAUUCCCUGACGAGGUUAAAUACAAAUCCAAGUAGAGCGGAGUUUCUGAAGGCGGUACUCUCAACUGGAUCGCCAUCCGAAGGUCCUCUCGUUACCUGAGAACUAAGUUACUUUGUUAAGUUUCUACCGAAGACACCGAUGGAACAAGAUUCUAGCUCCCCUUUCAGGAGACCCAUGGAGAUUCUAGGAACGAUCAAAGAAUCGAAUCUUUUGAGACCGUCUCAAGGCCAUGUGGAAGAAAUUUAUUCGCAAUGUCUUCUAUUUAUUCUCCAAAGGAAAAUGAAAGCAGAGUUUGUGUCUGAAGUACUUUACUUUCGAACAAAUCUAUUCCAACGGUUUGGGACGAUCGUUCCAGAGAGAUGCAGCUUGACACUGCUGCUCUGAAAGAGAUCGAACGAUCAACUGGUAUCUCCGUAUCCUUUUACACAAUUGCGUUAUACGAUGGAAAUUGCAACAUCGACGCGAAGAUAACUCAACAUAUAUUCACUAUUUUUAUAUUUGUAUUUUCGUUCCACGCGUAGCGAAGAGGUUAGUGGUGACAGGUUUCGACCACGCGUGUAGAUUCUUUAUUUCGGACACGUACGCGUCGUCCUAGCGGGUAGAAAGCAGAGAAUAAAACAUUCGCGGCUUGACACCGAUAUUUAGAAUUCGUAAGACCGACUUCGUGAGUGUACCGAUACCGAAAAUCAACUCACACCGAGAGAAUGACUCGGAAGGUGCAUUAACCUAACUUUUAAGUCCGACCAAAACGACGACAGCGGACGAUGCUCGUAAGCAUUUUCAAGAAUGCAACCAACUGUCCUUGUUUACGGAACGUCGGACGCAAAUGUCGAGAAAUUAACUUUUUCAACGCGAUCUACGUUACGUGGCAUCUUCUACGUAACGGUGGAACCAACGGAUGUGGAACUUGUGAUUAACGCGUACUGCUAGUAUCACUGCGUUUAUGUACCUAAGUGAAAAGGCUUAUUAAUAAAAACUUGGACAAACACGCA